AUGCCUGAGAUCGCCGAGGUCGCGCGCAUAGUGCACUACAUCCGCAAACUGCUGGUCGGCAAAACCAUCGCCAAAGUCACCGCCACGGACGAUGCCAGCGUCUACGGCAAAGUGGGCACGUCGGCGGCCGAAUUCGAGAAACACAUGGCCGGCAAGAAAAUCGUCGACGCGGGUCAACAGGGCAAAUACUUUUGGAUGAUCAUGUCCAGCGCGCCUCAUCCCGUAAUGCAUUUCGGCAUGUCCGGGUGGUUGAAGUUCAAGUCGGAGCACACGUACUACUACCAGCCGCAGGAGGGGAAGAAGGAUGAGACCUGGCCGCCGAAAUUCAUGAAGUUCAUGCUCGAGACUGAGGAAAAAGAUGGGGAGGAGGCGAUCGAGGCGGCGUUCGUGGACAUGAGGAGAUUCGCCCGGGUCAGACUGGUCGACUGUCCUGGCGAUGAGAUCCGACAGCACUCACCGCUGGUCGAGAACGGACCGGAUCCCGUUAUCGACAAGGAUGUAGUGACUGUCGAGUGGCUCCGGGAGAAAUGCAAAAGCAAAAAGGUCCCCAUCAAGGCCAUGCUGCUGGAUCAAGCCAACAUCAGCGGGAUCGGCAACUGGGUCGGCGACGAGAUCAUGUACAACGCCAAAAUGCACCCGGAACAGUACGCCAAUACUCUGAACGACUCACAAAUCGCACAACUCCACAGGUCGAUCCAUUACAUCUGCGGUACCGCGGUGGAACUGCUAGCGGACUCUGAGAAGUUCCCCGAAGACUGGCUGUUCAAGCAUCGAUGGGGCAAGGGCAAGAAGGACUCCUCGAAUACAUUGCCGAAUGGAGAGAAGAUUGCAUUUCUCACCGUGGGUGGACGGACCAGCGCUGUGGUGCCCUCAGUCCAAAAAAAGACUGGGCCUGUCGCGAAAGAAAUGAGUGAAGCUGAAAUGCCGGAUGAGGAGGAUGCGGCGAAGAAGCCCAAAGAUAGAAAACGCAAGAGUGCGAAAGAAGACCAAGAUGACGAGGUUGAGCCUAAGAAGUCGAAGGCGAAGAAACGCAAAUCUGCUAUAAAAGAGGAAGAGGAUGACGACGACGACCAGGAAGAGGAAGAAGAGGUUAUGCCGAAGAAGCCCAACGGUAGAAAGAGCAAGGCUGCGAAUGAAGACCAAGUUGACGGGGUUGAACCCAGAAAGUCGGGAGGGAGGAAACUCAGGUCGACUCCGAAGAAGGAGGAGGAGAGGCCGACAAUGACCACAACGAUGAGGACGAGGAAGAAGAGGUGA